GCAGACCGUUGGGCGGCCCGCCGAAGCCCCUCCCUCAGAGCCUUUCCCCCCCGCCCUCCCGCCAACCGUCCCUGCGGCGGCGACUCAUGUGGGGGUUCGGGCUCCUGCGGUCGCCGCCGCUGCUGCUCCUGCUGCCGCAGCUCGGGCUCGGGCUCGCCGCCUCCCGCUCUCAGGCCGGAACCAUGGACUUGAGCGGCUGCGGCUCUGCGCGGAGCUCCCCCGAGGCCGAGGGGCGCCCCCGGUGCCUGCAGCUGUCCGCGGUGCCGGGGUCCGACCCGCAGCGCAGCAACGAGCUGCUCCUGCUGGCGGCGGAGGGGCCGGAACGGCGGGAUCUCUCGGGGGACCGGGCGCCGGAGGAGCCGCAGCCGUCGCCCCAGCAUCACGUCGUCUACUUCCCCGGGGAUGUGCAGAAUUAUCAUGAAAUUAUGACUCACCAUCCUGAGAAUUAUCAGUGGGAAAACUGGAGUCUAGAAAAUGUUGCCACCACUUUAGCCCACCGAUUUCCCAAUAGUUAUAUUUGGGUGAUAAAAUGUUCCCGAAUGCAUUUGCACAAAUUCAGCUGCUAUGACAAUUUUGUGAAAAGUAAUAUGUUUGGUGCUCCAGAACACAGUACUGACUUUGGAGCUUUUAAGCACCUUUAUACAUUAUUAGCUAAUGCUUUUAACUUAUGUCGGAACAGUUUGCUAUCAAAGAAGAAUGUGAAAGACUUGAAUAAGGAUUCCAAAGCAUCUAAUUGUAGAUCCAGUUCUUCUCAUACUAAUGGUUGCCAGGGAGAAAAAGAGAGCCCCUGUGCAAACUUUGAUGAGGCUGCCCUGAGUUUUUAUCCACCAUCACUAAAUGGCGCUUCUUUUACUUUGAUUGGAUUCAGCAAAGGUUGUGUUGUUUUGAAUCAGUUGCUUUUUGAAUUAAAAGAAGCUAAGAAAGACAAGAACAUAGAAGCUUUUAUCAACAGCAUAAGAACAAUGUACUGGCUGGAUGGUGGACAUUCUGGAGGAAGUAAUACUUGGAUUACUUACCCAGAAGUCUUGAAAGAAUUUGCACAAACAGGGAUUAUUGUUCACACCCAUGUAACACCUUACCAAGUACGUGAUCCAAUGAGAUCUUGGAUUGGAAAGGAGCACAAGAAAUUUGUUCAGAUACUUGGAGAUUUUGGUAUGCAGGUGACUAGCCAAAUUCACUUUGUAAAGGAAGCUCCUUCCAUAGAGAAUCACUUCAGGGUUCAUGAAGUAUUUUGAGACUACGAGAAUAUUAAUGUAAUACUUGCUCAGUGGAGGAGAAAAAGCACUUUGAGUUUUAGAAAUUCAGAUAAUGAGAUGUAAUUCAUAGAUAAUACAUCCAUUUUUAGGGGGGAGGGAACACACAUUCCUAAAAUAUGCGUAUAAUGUGCAAUAGUAUUUCUUGCCUCUGAAUGUGAACAGUUUUUAAUUUGGACUGGAUCAGAAUUAGUUUGAAAUCUAAAAGGUGGUUUGUGAUAAUCCUAUGAAGAGAUAUAUAAGACCCUUAAUGAUGAAAGUUACAAUUAGUCCUUAUUAAAGGUAAUUAAAAUUGUUAUUGUUGGAAGUAGUUUGUUUUCUGACGAAUGUUUAAAACUGAUUUUGGUGGCAUUUUAACAGUAGCUGGCGAUUUUGGCACUGAAAACUUUUGAGUAGAAACACUCCAUUUCUCUUCAAACAAAGCCAAAGCCCAUGGAUAUUUUCCAUCAUUUUGGAGUAACAACCCUGCCUUUUUGUUUUGUAAAUUCAUGGAAUCAUUCUUUAGUGUGCCACCAAGUGGUUUUUUUUCAAGACUCAAAAUAUAUUUGUUUCCAAAUAUCCAAGAAUGUGCAGUAGUUAAAAGUUUGGUUUUUAAAAACAUUACACUUAAGCAUUGUGGCUAAAUUUUUAAUUGACAACUUUUGGCUAAGACAUUUUGGAGUUUCUUAAAUCUUGGCUGUAAACCAGUUCUUUGGGGAAAAUUGUUUUAAAAUGAACAUAAUUCUGUAUAUUGGGUAAAAAUAUAUUACAGAUUGUAAUUUUUUUCACAUCAGUCUUUUGAGAGAGUUCAACUUAGGUGAAAUAAAUAUAUAACACUAUUUGUUAGUGUUCAGUUGACAAGGGGAUGGAUUCUAUAGAUCUAAGUCAGUGUUUCUCCAAAAGCAUGAUUUUGCCUGCCAAAAGAAAGCAGCUCUCUGGCCAGAAUGCAAAAAUUAUAUUGCUAUAAGAAAAGUUACAAGGGAAAGUUUGAAGACACGAUUUAAUUUUGGCUCAAAAAGUGAAUUUGCUUAACACUGCUACAUAGUUUGGGUGAGGUUUCCUUCUUCCUGUUUCUCUUGACCUAGAUAAAUACAUUUUGAGAAACCAAGAUCUAAUUAAUGUCAAUCAACAUUAAAACAUAGCUGUGUGAUUAAAAGGUGAGUAGUCACUUUAUUUAUAAUUAGCAUUUCAGGGAAUGAAAGCAGGGAAGUAACACUGCUUUCAGAAUGGAAAAAGACUGAAGCUUAAUAUCUUAAUAAAUUUAUAAAACAAUAUAUUGAAAAUGUUAAUAUUUUGUGUUUUUCCCCCAGAAUUGUAUUUUAAUGACUAUAAACACAUUCCAAAUAUUCAGGGACUUAUUUAUCAGAAAGGAUUCUUACCAAAUGUGUAAAAAUAACAUCCUUUAAUUAUAUAAAUUACAAAAUAGUAUCAAGGUGGUUGUUUUUUUGUUUUUUAAGGACAAAAUAGUUUUAUAUUGCUUCAAUUUCUUUAAAUACCUGCUGUUUCUUUUGAGACCAAAAAUUUAUAACAAGGAAAUGAGUCAGCCUGAUUCCAGCCUUUUAUUACCUUAAAGCACCAUAAUUGAUUGGUUUCUUUUAAUGUGUCCUAAUCCUUGGUUAAGUUAAUGUGUAUCUGAUGUAAACUAAGUUACUGAAUGCUCUAAUGAGGAAGGAAAGGCAUUUCUAUGAUUAAAGUGGAAAAAGUAGGACUUUCAGCAGGAUUCAUUACAAAAAGCUGAGAUAUUUAAAAAUAUGGGUUCUUUAGCUAUCCGCUCAUGUGAGUGUUUGUUACAUGUUCAAUGGACAUUAAAAAUAAGUCACUGGACACCUGGAACUAUCAUCACAUCAAAAUGAAAGUGUUGAAAAGUAGAGUUUUUUUUGAAUUAAAAUAUAUUCAAGUUGAUCCAUAUUCAAGUAUUUUAAUACUUCAAAUUUGUUCUUUCCACAUCUGUUUAAAACUAUUGUUACAUGUUCGUAUAUUCUUUUGGAUUGUGCCUUUGUGUUUGUGUCAUGAGUCAACUGAGAAAAGUAGUCAUACAAAUAAUGUGAAAGUUACUGCCACAGCAUGAAUGUACAAUUAUAUUAAAUUUAAUCCACAGAA